AUGGAAAAUCUCAAAUUGAUACUGGUUAUCGGAGGAACCGGUGCGCAAGGCAGUCCUGUUGUCAAUGCCCUCUCGAACAGCGGCCGGUACAGCGUCCGAGUACUGACUCGAAAUCCAACUUCGGAUCAAGCUAUAAAGCUAGCUGCCCUACCGAAUGUCACGCUUGUGCAAGGCUCCCAGGACAGUCAGAAGGAUCUUCACGCUGCUUUUACUGGCGUUUACGGCGCGUGGGUAAACCUUGAUGGUUUCACGAUUGGCGAAAAAAAUGAAUUAUUCUAUGGUAUUCGAGCAUACGAGAUAGCUAGGCAUCACGGUGUCAAGCAUUACGUCUUUGCUAAUACCGACUAUGCUUUUCGGAAGGGUGGUUGGGAUGAGCAGUAUCAUUGGGGACAUAACGAUGCCAAGGGCCGCGUUGGCGAUCUGAUCCUCAGCCAUGGACAGUCCACUAUGAAGACAUCACUCUUGACAACGGGACCGUACAUGGAUAUGCUACACGAUGGAAUGUUUGUUCCUGAGGAGCAGGCCGAUGGUUCGUUUGUCUGGGCGAACCCCGCGGCGGACGGCAAGAUCCCUUUGAUUGCCCUCGAUGAUGUUGGGGUUUAUAGUCUAUGGAUAUUCGACAAUCCAUCAGAGUCCGCAGGCCUCGACCUGGAGGUUGCGACAGAUCAAGUCAGCUUCGCUGAAAUUGUGGCAACUUUUACAAGAGUAACGGGUAAGAAAGGCAUACAUAAGCGCAUGCCCCUUGCGGAGUAUCUAGAGAAAGCAGAGCCAUAUCCAGGAGCUUAUUCAAAUUGGGCGGUCAACCCCAAUGUUCCUCGUGAUGAGUCAUUCAUGACAUGGAGGGAGAAUUUCUCGGCUUGGUGGCGCUAUUGGAGUGAGGGCAAGGGCGCAACCCGUGAUAUGGCAUUCCUUGACCGUAUCCAUAGCUCUCGUAUUCCGAAUUUGGAAGCGUGGAUGAGAGCAAAGAACUACGAUGGGCGGCCACGUUCGGUUCUCAAAGAUCUGCACGAUGUUAGACACGCGACAUUGGCAGGGAAAUGA